AUGGAAUUUCCUCAAAGACAACGUCAAAUUAUUCCAUCCCAACCUGGACCUAGUGGUUAUCAAUAUCAACAAGUUCAUGGACAAUAUGGACAAUUAAUUAAUCUUAGAUUAAGAAGAAUUAAUUUAAAUGGUUUUUCUUUUAACGUACCUGAAAUUCUUCUUGAAAAUGAAACCAUUUUUCGUGGUAUUUUUUCACGUCGUGUAUUUGAUGCGUUACCACCAUUAACAAAACAAUACUUAUAUCAAUUUUUACCUCAUGUAGAUGAUAUCCCUGUUGAUAGUUUUGUUGAUGCUGCAUUUACAAGUGAUCCUGGUUUUAAUUUUGUAAAUCCAUUAACAAAAUUACGCAAAAAACUUCAACAUAAUUGGUUUAGUACUGAAAAAAGUAGCGAAAUUCUUCAACUACGUGAUAGUAGAAAAGUUAUUUAUGAUCAUUUUAUUCGCCAAUAUUAUAUUGAUUUAAUGGGAAAAUUAUUACGUUCAAGACAUGAAAUUCUUGAAAAAGCUUAUCAAUCAACAUCACAAGAUGAUUUUGAAAGUCGUAUGAAACAUCAAUCAUACAAAAAAAGUGUUAAAGUAAAUCAAAAACGUAAUAAUGAUAUAGUUGCAAGAGCCUCAAGACGUACUAAAGCUUUACUUAGUAAUGUUAAACAUCAAGCAAAAGAUCCAAAUCCAUUGUCAUCUGAUGAUGAGAUUAUUGAUAGUAAAGAUAUCAUUCCAGUAACAAAAACAACUUCUGCUAAAAGCACAUUACAUAACACUCAAUUAAGUGAUUAUGAUAUGCAUCAACCAGCAAUUCCAAAAACAAUUAAAGAGAUGCUUAAAGAACAUCGUCGUCUUAGACAACGUGAUCCACAUGCUCCAGCAUUAGAUACAGAAGGUAUAACAUUGAAAGAUGUUUAUACAAGAGCUGGUUUAGGUUUUCAAUCUGAACGCAAUUUUGCUCAACAAAAUAGAGAAAAACUAGCAGCAAGAAUUGAAAGAAAAAGACAAUUAGCUAAAGAGCAAAAACAAAUUUUGGCAAAAAAAUAG